AUGAACCUGUUUGUUUUACAGAGCAUCAAAGUGAGUUGGUUACCUCCACCGCCAGGCGCACAAAAUGGAUUUAUCACCGGCUAUAAAAUCCGACACAGAAAGACAGCCAGGAGGGGUGAAAUUGAAACACUGGAGCCAAACAACCUCUGGUACUUGUUCACAGGUCUUGACAAAGGGAGCCAGUACAGUUUCCAGGUAGCCGCUAUGACAGCCAACGGGACUGGGCCCCCCUCGGACUGGUAUACUGCAGAGACUCCAGAAAGCGAUCUUGAUGAAUCUCAGGUUCCUGACCAGCCAAGCUCUCUUCACGUCAGGCCUUUGUCAACCAGCAUCGUCAUGAGCUGGACGCCACCACUGAACCCAAACAUCGUGGUGCGUGGAUACAUCAUUGGUUAUGGUGUGGGCAGCCCUUAUGCUGAGACGGUCCGAGUGGACAGCAAACAACGAUACUAUUCCAUUGAACAUCUGGAGCCCAGUUCACACUACGUAAUCUCCUUGAAAGCCUUUAACAAUGCUGGGGAGGGAGUCCCUCUUUAUGAGAGUGCCACCACCAGAUCUCUGACAGAUCCCAUUGACCCAUUAGAAGUUGAUUUUUAUCCUUUGCUUGAUGAUUUCCCUACCUCGGUCCCAGAUGUCUCCACCCCCAUGCUCCCACCCGUAGGUGUCCAGGCUGUCGCCUUAACCCAUGACGCUGUGAGGGUCAGCUGGGCAGACAACUCUGUCCCCAAGAACCAAAAGACGACCGAAGUCCGGUUUUACACAGUCCGGUGGAGAACCAGCUAUUCUACAAGUGCUAAAUACAAGUCAGCAGAUACAACAGCCUUGAGUCACACCGUUUCAGGUCUGAAACCCAACACUAUGUAUGAGUUCUCGGUCAUGGUGACAAAGGGUCGGAGGUCAAGUACGUGGAGUAUGACCGCUCACGCUACAACAUACGAGGCAGCCCCAACCUCUGCUCCCAAGGAUCUGACAGUUAUCAGUCGUGAAGGAAAGCCUCGGGCUGUUAUUGUCAGUUGGCAGCCUCCAUUAGAAGCCAAUGGGAAAAUUACAGCGUACAUCUUAUUCUACACCUUGGACAAGAACUCCCCUAUUGACGAUUGGGUCAUGGAGUCAAUUAGCGGUGACCGGCUUACGCAUCAAAUCAUGGACCUCAAUCUGGACACCGUGUAUUACUUCCGAAUACAAGCUCGUAAUGCCAAAGGAGUGGGGCCUCUGUCGGAUCCCAUUCUCUUCCGGACACUGAAAGUGGAACAUCCUGACAAAAUGGCUAAUGACCAAGGUCGUCAUGGAGAUGGGGCCUACUGGCCCGUCGACACAAACCUGAUCGACAGAAGCAGCCUUAAUGAACCCCCCGUUGGACAAAUGCACCCUCCUCAUGGAAGCGUAACACCUCAGAAAAACAGCAAUCUUCUCGUCAUUAUUGUUGUCACUGUUGGAGUUGUGACUGUGGUAGUCGUGGUGAUUGUGGCUGUGAUUUGUACCAGGCGGUCGUCGGCGCAGCAGAGGAAAAAACGUGCAACUCACAGUGCUGGGAAGAGGAAGGGUAGCCAGAAAGACUUGAGACCCCCAGAUCUUUGGAUACACCACGAAGAGAUGGAAAUGAAGAAUAUUGAAAAACCUUCAGGUUCCGAUCCAUCAGGAAGAGAUUCGCCGAUGCAGAGCUGCCAAGACAUCACGCCUGGCAGCCACAGCCAAUCCGAAACCCCGAUGGGCAGCAAGAGUGCCUCCCAGUCUGCUCCCGAAACAGAAGAAGUAGGAAGCAGCAUGUCUACGCUGGAACGGUCGCUCGCAGCCCGCAGAGCAACGCGUGCCAAGCUCAUGAUUCCAAUGGACUCACAACCCAGCAAUCCAUCUGUAGUUAGUGCCAUUCCAGUGCCAACGCUAGAAAGUGCCCAGUACCCAGGAAUCCUGCCAUCACCCACCUGUGGAUACCCACACCCUCAGUUCACGCUCCGACCAGUGCCGUUCCCAACGCUCUCAGUUGAUCGGACUUUUGGAACAGGAAGAACGGUGAGUGAAGCACCAGCCCCUCAGCAGACCUCCAUGUUACCACAGACACAGCCUGAACAUCCCACCAGUGAGGAUGCCCCUAGCAGGACAAUUCCCACAGCAUGCGUCCGCCCCACGCAUCCUCUUCGCAGCUUUGCCAACCCCUUGCUACCUCCGCCAAUGAGUGCAAUAGAACCGAAAGUCCCUUAUACACCACUUUUAUCUCAAACAGCACCCAGCCUUCCCAAGGCUCAGGUUAAGACAGCAUCCCUUGGACUGGCUGGAAAAGCGAGAUCCCCUUUGCUUCCCGUCUCAGUGCCGACAGCCCCAGAAGCCUCAGAAGAGGGUCACAAACAAACAGAGGAUACUGCAAAUGUAUAUGAACAGGAUGAUCUGAGUGAACAGAUGGCUAGUUUGGAAGGGCUAAUGAAGCAACUGAAUGCUAUCACAGGCUCAGCCUUCUGAAAGCUUUGGAUGAAUCGAUGAAUGGAGUUUCCCAGGAACAUUGCAGCAUACCAGCAUUUCACACAUACCACCGCCCAAAGCCCUCAUCUGCCAGAAAGCCAACCAACACACCCUCUGAAGCUGUCCUUAAAAAAAGGAUAUCUCACAGUAAUGAAACAACAUUGUGGGUUCAUAUGGACCGACGAGCAACAGUUUGAAACACAGGUGAAAGAGCACCACUGAGAAACAACAAGAAGAAAAAACACAUCCGCACAACCACCAGGAUCUGCUGGUGGCUGACUUUAUUUUUCUGAUCAUAGUAAUGCACAGGUGGGGUCCUCGUUAUGUCCUGUUCCACAUAUGAUCCUAUUACUGGCACCCUUUGGCUGUUAAUGACUCAUGCUGGCAUCAUCACGCCACAUGAGAGUCAUUGCCAGUUGUGUCUGAAGUGAAAUUCAGAGGAAAAGUAGUGGUAGGGGUUGUUCUUCAGAGGUCCUUGUAUAACCUUUUGAAGAAAGCCAAACGUGGGUCAAAGAAUUAGCAAGAUUUCUUUUGGGGGGGAUCUACUGAUGUGUAGCUUUAUAUUAAUGAUCCAGUGUUUUAAAAUGGGACUUUUUCAAACUCAAGGGUCUCUUCACCAAACUGCUAAUAUAACGCAAGCUUACAACUUAGACAUGCCUAUAACGGACUCAUCCCUGGGCCAGCACUCCUACUGCUAGCAUCCAUCCAUUCCACCAGUCCUCGGACUUUCUCAAAACUUACCCCUGUGAGGAAUGAAGGCCCAGGGCCAAAAGGACCUCAUGGUGACAGUAGAGGCUGUUGAUUUCAGGCCUGAUGUUUUUUUUUCAAGGUAUCCAUGAAUGCCACAGAUUUUGGCCCAAAGAAAGUUUAAAUGUCUCUCAGCUCCUCAGAAUUAAUAUAUGCUCUGCCACCAAUGUCCAGGCAGUUGGGUUGGGUUGGGGUUGGGUUUCCAGGGCAGGAGCACCCCAUUCGCCAAGGAUAAAACCUAAAAUGGGAAGGAAGCAAUGGGGCAUUCUUUAUGAUGCCACAGAGUCAGGGCAGAGAAAGGUUGUGGGCCCGAUCUGCUUGCUGAACUGUGCUGCCUCAAAAACAGAGCAGACUCACUUUACCAGUCUUUAUUGCCCUUUCAGCAAGGUUAAUUUUCAUCCUCCCCUCACAAAGAUAAGUUUGAGGUAAGCAAUGAGAUUUGGAGAGCACUGGACUGGUGCACCAGCAUAAUUAAUUCAGCAGGCUUUUGGAAGGAGGGAAGGGGAAGAAUUUUCUGCAGUUAGAUCUUAAAUAAAACUUUUUAAAAAAUCUAAACAAAUCAUGGGCUGAGCUAGAGAAGAGCUGGCAGACCACAGGUUGAGACAGGAUUCUUUUCCUAAAAUGAAAUCUGAUACAGACCUGCAUUUCCUUUCUCAGACAACAGACAAUACAACAAUACAAUAGGACCACCGUAUCCGUGGGUUCACUACCUACAGAUUCGCUUAUCAGCUGCUUGAAAAUACUGUAUCAAAUAAAAGCCCCCAGAAAUGCACCUUUCUAAGAUGUAUUAACAGAACUGACCACUAGAAGGAACCAGAGACGAGGCUGUAUGUAAGGUUUGCUAGAUUUGCAAUUUCUGCCAUCUGCAUGGAGAGCUUGGAUUUUAUUCCUCGUGGAUACAAGGGUCCUACUCCCCUUGCAAAAUUUCUCCAUGUUUUUUCUCUCUGUUACUUGCCUAGUUAUAUGCUUUGGGGAAGUACUAUUUCUGCUUACAUGAGUUUUAUUCAUACUGUAUUAACUGCACUGUGCUAAAAAUUGGCCAAGCUAUGUGACUGGCAUCUCGCACAAGAGAAUGUUUAGCCACAUGAGAAAGCAGCCAGAUAUCUGGAUUUCCCAGUGACAAUAUUGGCAUGGUAGGAGUAUUUGGGAUGAAGUAAAGGCAGCUUUUUUGUCUUGCUAGAGAAGCUUGUUGUUUUGUUGUGUAGACCAUACAAGUGCAUUGUAACACACUUUUCAGGCCAUUGUGACAAAUCAAAUGUAAUGUUUAACCCUGCUUGAACUCCCCCUUCCCAACUGCAGUGCAAAAAAAAAUAUAUCACUCUAUAGUGCCAAAGGGUAUUCUAAACAGCAGAAACCAUGACAAUAAAUAGGAAUAAUGUUCUUUUUAAAAAGACAGGUAUUUCAAGGGUUUCCCCUUGUGCAACUGGUGGAGCCAUUGGUAAAGAAAAAUUGAACACCAAGGAAGCAUGUUUGCAGAUUUCCCGGUAGUUAGAAGUAUGGAUGAAAUGGCAACUUAAAAAAAAUUAAUUUGCAAGAGUGGCAGAAAAUGAUUGCAUAAUAUGAUUAUGAUUGCAUAAUAUGCAAUCAUUUUGUUCAAAAUCUAGGAAAUUACCAAGGAAGGAAACUUCAAUGGAACAGGCUGAGCUUUGCCAUUAUUAGGCAAUGCAUGGAGCUUAGAGGAGAAACCAGGGGCUGUAUCCUAAGAAUUGUUGUGCCGAGCAAAUGCAUUCCUAGAACUGGUGAUGGAGUCAUUUUGUGAAUUACAUCAUUUUUGUCACCCCUUGAGGCUGUUAUCCCCAGGGCAAAUAUUUGGAAACAAGGUGCCAGGACGUUAGGGGAGAA